CGACACCAGCUAUCACUGCGCACCACGGACAGCCCAAUUCUGACCGCAGCUGGCUUGGAUAGACUAUAAUUUAUCGCAAAAUCCGCUUUCGAUCCCCUUGGAACCGCCUCUCACUCCAAAAUGGUGAACAACCCAAACGAAGACACGGAAUUUAACGAGAUCUUGCGCAAGCAUGGUAUUCUUCCUCCUCGACCCAAAACACCAGAAACGCCGUCGCCGCCGGGCUCGCCCACUUUUGACGACCUUCUGAAUGAAUCCACGGCAGCCGAACUCGAGAGGCUAGGGGAGAGAUUGAAAGAUGAAGACAAGAUUCGCAAGGCAGAAGCUCAGCGCAGGAGACUCAUGACAGAGGCGCGCCGGGAUCUUAGGGAUGCCAGGUUCGGUCAGGUCAUCCCAAUAAGCAGAGAGGACUACACUCGUGAAGUCACGGAAGCCAGCGCAGUGGACGCAGAGGACGACGACAACGAAAAGGGAACGGGAGUUGUCUGCUUCCUGUACAAGGAUGGACUGCCUCGAAGUGACAAGGCAUUCAAACACAUUCGAGCCUUAGCUGCCAAGUACCCGCGGACCAAGUUUGUGUCAAUUGUUGGAGACAAGUGUAUACCCAAUCUCCCGGACGUUCGCGUCCCCAUGAUCAUUAUCUACCGCAAGGGAGAGAUUCGCAACCAAUUGGUCGCCUGGGGUGGUCAACGCGAGCGAUCCCAGGAAGAUCUGGAGGCCGUGCUGACAGCCAGUGCGGCUAUCGACCCAUCCGAGGCCAUUAUUGAGGAAGAGGACGAUAUUCGAUUAAGUGACGACGACGACGAAGAAUGGGACAACGAUCCCUCUUCGAGGAUGCGGUCAGCAGCGACUUCUGUCAAUGCGCGUGCAUCAAAGAACAUUCGUGGCCCAGCAAGAAAGGAGGACGAUGAUUCAGACUUUGAGUUUGAUCUGUAAAAUGUCCAGCUCGUCACUUGCAGCAAUAUCAAUGAUUUUAUUU